GCUCAGAAUCACAAUAAGGGAACUAACCCCAAAGAUGAGCCUUGCAUGUAAAACCCUAGCCAGCUUCCUUCUGAUUUUCAUCCUUUCUCCCAAAGGUACAGCCCUCACUCAGGUCCAGGGGAUCCUGAAUCAAGACAUCAACCUGCCCAUUCCUGUGUUUCCACCGGAUAGCAAAGUAGAUGACAUACAAUGGUUCAGAAAUCAGAUCAAGGUUGCACGGUUCAGAGAAGACAAGAUACGUUUCCUGCAAAAUAACACGUACCAAUUGUCAAAAAAUGGAACUCUGAAAAUUAGACAUCUGCAGAGAAAUGAUAGUUCUAUCUACAAGGUAGUCGUAUAUAAUAUGGAUGGAAAAGAAAUAUUUACCGAAACAUUUGAUUUGAGGAUUCUAGAGAGGGUGUCAAGGCCAGAGAUCUUCUGGGGUUGUACCAACAAAACCCUGACCUGUGAGGUAACAGAUGGAACUGACCCUAAAUUAGCACUGUAUCGAGAUGGGAAACGUAUCAAAGAAGGUCAGAACAUCAUCAUAUACAAGUGGCCUGCCAAACAAAAUGCAUUAUUCGAGUGCAUGGCAACUAACAAAAUCAGCGAGGAAACCAACAGAGUGAACUUCAGUUGUUCAGAGAAAGGUCUGGAUAUCUACCUCAUCAUUGGCAUCUGUGGAGGAGGCAUUCUCUUCUUGCUCUUCGUGGCACUACUCACUCUCUACAUCAGCAAGAGGAGAAGAGCACGCAGAAGGAGAAAUGAUGAGGAACCGGAAAUCAGAGUACACAAAAUGACCUCUGAGGAAAGGAGCCAGAAGCCCCUUCAAAUGCCAGCCUCAGCUCUUCAAAAUCCAGCCAGCCCCCAACCUCCUCCACUACCAAGUCAUCAUCCCAAGGCACACGGUCAUCGUCCCCAGCCUCCUGGCCACCGUGCCCAGCCCCCUCACCAGCACCAGCAGCAGAAGAGGCCUCUCCCCCGCCCUAGCACACAAGCUCGCCAGCAGAAAGGCCCUCCUCUCCCCAAGCCUCGAGUCCAACCGAAACCUCCCCGUGGGGCUGCAGAAAACUCGUAACUGUCUUCUGGCAGAGCCAUUAAAAGAGAUUAAAAGAGAUCAAAACUGUCCCUAAUUAAGAGAUGAAAACUGUCCUUCCCAGGAAGGCACUGCAGGAUUCCUGCACUCUGGUGUGGAUGCCUGCAUCUCCAUCAACUGUGUCCUACAAGGCGGACAUCAUCACCUCCCAAGCUCAUGGGC